AUGAGGCGGCAGGUGGGUAGCGCGUCGCUUACAAAAGGCUUCAGCCAGAGCACUUCCCAGCCGGAGCCCGCAGCUCCAGCACAAUCUAUGGAUUUUCCCGAAAUAUCAUUUAUUUCUGUGAAGUCUGGAGAAAGUGUUUCUUUUAACUGCCCAGUUGUGAAGUCUCAUAAUAUAGCUCGUAUGGUUUGGUUCAAACAAAUAUUUGGAGAGAUGCCUCACAAAGUGGGAGAAAGUGCAACAUAUAAGGACAUCAAAAUGUCCGCUGAGUUUGAGACUUUGGGAUAUAAAAUGGAGACGAAUGAUAAAGCCAUAUCUCUGACCAUUCCACAUGUGAAAAGAGAUGAUGGAGGACUUUACUACUGUGAGAUAUUAAGCUGGGAGAAUCUUACUCUAUCAAAUGGAACUUUUUUGGCAGUAACAGGUGAAAGACAGUUAAGCAUCUCCGUGUUCCAGAGCAGUGGGUUGGACUCGGUUCCUGCAGGAGCGUCAGUGACUCUGCAGUGCUCGGUUCUCUCUGAGAGCAGAGCAGCAGAACUCCAAGUGCUCUGGUUCAGAGCUGCUCCACCACAAUCCCAUCCUCAAAUCAUUUACACUCAUCACAACAGCAGCCAUCAGUGUGAGAGCGGCUCUUCUACACACACCUGUGUGUACAACUUCUCCAAGAACAUCCUCAGCCUCAGUGAUACUGGGACUUACUACUGCGCUGUGGCCGCGUGUGGGAAGAUCAUUUUUGGGAACGGGACUCAAGUCCAAUUAGAGAGGAGUCCAGAAUUUGAAACGUUUAAUCCUGUAGUGAUCUGCCUGGGAUCAGCAUUGGUACUGUGUGUGAUUCUGAUCUCUGUUCAAGCUUUUUAUCUCUGCAGAAGGAAAAUCUGUAAACAAUGCAGAGAAAAAAUUACGCAUGAAAUUUUAAAGACAGAAACCAGAAACACUCAGGAUCAUGACUCUGUGGAGUUGAAUUACUCUUCCCUACACUUCAGUGAAAGGAAAACUACACGAAUGGGAGACAAUCAAGUUAAAUCUCAAGACAGUAUGUACUCUGAAGUGAAAUAUUCCAGCAUUACUUAAUAUUUUUUUUGCAGUUUAGUUUAGUAAUGUGCUAAUAAAAUUAUCCACAGUCACAAAAGCUUAAAUGAAAGGUUUGUUUUUUUAGUACUGAAUAUUUCAGUUAAGCUUUAAAUCACAAAUGAUUUUUGUCCUCUAAGCUUGUUUUCCGGAACCCAGUAUUACAGCACGUGUGUUCAGUGUCAUUUUAAUAAAGCCUACAUAUUCCUCAGUAAUAAAACAGAA